AUGAGCGCACCCGUGUUAUUCACCUUAGGAGGUUCGAUGGAUAGCAGGCGUGAAUCUAGAAGAUGGAAAGAUCCCCCUGAUAAAGCACUUCGAGCUAAAGACAUUCUCAUCAGAGCCUCCAGUCUGACAGAAGAUAAAAACCUGCAGGCUGUUCAAUUCCUGGGGUUAGCAUUAGAAACAUGUGGGAUUGAGAAUGAAAUUGCAACUUUCUUGAAGAAGAAAUGCGAUCAAACUUUCGGUAUGUCCUGGCAGUGUAUAGUCGGUAGAAACUUUGGAUCUCAUUUGGAUUGUGUCGAAUACAUUCACCUUACUAUUUCAAAAAUUUCUGUUCUGAUCUUUCGUUGUAAAUAA